ACGAGCAGUCGACCAUCGUGUGUCAUUGUCAUUUUCUCUAUCUAUUGCAAUAGCGUUGUAAUGGGAAUUACGCCUACCUUUCUUUUCUUAUUGAAUUUAUUUUAGUGUACUUUUAACAUAAGAACCAUUGUCUAGUGAUAAUAUAGUUAUCUUUGAUUAUAAUUGUGUUGUGUAUAAAUUAAUUCGCGUCUUGUAAUAUUACAAAACAUAAAGUUUUAGACCCUUGACCCAGUAAAACUUAGUCAACAUGAAGAAAAAGGUUUUGUUGAUGGGCAAGAGUGGCUCAGGGAAGACGAGCAUGAGGUCCAUUAUAUUCGCCAACUACAUCGCCAGAGACACAAGAAGACUGGGUGCCACAAUUGAUGUAGAACACUCACACGUCCGCUUCCUGGGCAACUUGGUGCUGAACCUAUGGGACUGUGGUGGGCAGGAGGCAUUCAUGGAGAACUACUUCGCCUCACAGAGGGACAAUAUAUUCCGGAAUGUUGAAGUGCUCAUCUAUGUGUUUGAUGUGGAGAGCCGGGAGAUGGAGAAGGAUAUGCAUUACUAUCAGUCCUGCUUGGAAGCUAUAUUACAGAAUUCACCCGAAGCUCGGAUAUUCUGUCUCGUACACAAAAUGGACUUGGUGCCAGAGGAACAGCGCGAGGAGAUCUUCAAAGCGAGAGAGGAAGACCUGAAGAGGCUGUCCAAACCUCUCGAGUGCACCUGCUUCAGAACUAGUAUAUGGGACGAGACUUUAUACAAAGCAUGGUCGAGCAUAGUGUACAAGUUAAUACCCAACGUGAAGGCGCUAGAAUCCUCACUCAAACAGUUCGCGGAGAUCGUAGACGCUGAUGAGGUGCUUCUGUUCGAGCGAGCGACGUUCCUGGUGGUGUCGCACUGCCAGCAGCGGCCGCACCGCGACGCGCACCGCUUCGAGAAGGUCUCCAACAUCGUCAAGCAGUUCAAGCUCUCCUGCUCCAAGCUCGCCGCGCAGUUCCAGAGCAUGGAGGUCCGCAACAGCGUAUUCGCGGCAUUCAUAGACGGUUUCACAAGCAACACAUACGUCAUGGUAGAAAUGUCAGACCCGAAGAUCCCGUCAGAAGCCACGCUGAUCAACAUCAGAAACGCGCGCAAACACUUCGAAAAGCUAGAGAAAGUCUCCUCAAGUGCCCCGAGUUCAUACCAAUGAGGAACGACGGAGUUACAGAACUGUGUAGUUAAUUAUAUCGAAUGAGUGAUGUGCGAAGCACGGUGUCUUGCCAAAGCAAGGUGUAGUCCGUUUGUAAUGGCGCGAGUUUGUGGGAAUUUUGUUGAACAGAUACGUAAAAGUAUCCAGAAGACACGCUAAGUGUUUUAACCGACUUCCCUAAAAGGAUGUUUUAAAUUCGUCGGAAUCUUUUAUAUUUGCUGCGUAUCGAUCGAUCAAUCGAUCGGACCGAUCGAUUAUUUCAAUAGCCUUUUGAAAAAAAAUUAUGGUAACUAGCGUUACGUAAUUAGGAUGCAGAAUUGGUUGGAUAUCGGUUAAAUUAUAGUAUGUAUGUUAUAUGUGAAAUGCCUCGACUUUUUAAUUUUAUAUUUUAGGACAUGCAAAUAGACAAGAGUAUGAAACUACACAAUGUCUUGAAUACUAUCUAAAACAUAUGUGAGUUUUAUAUAUGUAUAUUUAAGGCGUAUUUUUUUUCUAUUAGUAAAUUCAUGCAAUUAUAAAUGCUUUUAAAGCAUAUACACACCAGAAUAUCUGCAACAUAUGAUAUAGGUAUUUGAUAAUAUAAUAACAAUGCAUAAUAUUGGCUUAUAACAGCGUAAUUUUUCUGUUAUUGUGGUUGUAUUCAGAAAUGUUCAGAAUGUAGUAGGGUCAAACGGGCAGGUAGGAUUGUAGUGGCCUUAUGUAACUCGCGUCAUAACAAAUGGACGGAGACAAUACUUAGCUAAUACAUUCGUUGGCUUUAAUAUAUUUAUGCCACUGGUGUCCGAAUACUCAAAACUUCAUAACCCCCCAAUGUCCUACACACACAAACACAGCCAAGUUUUCUGACGAAGUUUAUGAAGAAUUUAGAUAAGAAAUGUGUAUCACUACAAAAUUCUAUUCGCAGGGUUAAAUAGUGUGUAUUCGGCCACAACAGUGGUUUUUUAUGUAUAACUAAGUAUUUAAUAUACAAUUUAUGUAACGUUUUAAUAUUUUACCAUCGGUCUAAAUAUGUUUUAGUUCAAAAUUGUUCUUAGUUUAAGUUGUAAGUCGUUCUCGUUCAUUGUCUAUCAAACGCAUACAAUUGGUUUAAAAUAACUGGAAUUUUCUGAAGUUCGGUGACCUUUGCUGGUUAUUUUAUUUUUCAGGGAAAACAGAACUUUAGAAAGAUCUACUUAUUGUAAACGUGAUUUACCUAUUUAUGAUUAUGAUUCUAAUAAUAUCCGUAAUAGUGAACAAUUGGUAGUUUCAGAUAAGUUGAUUCAAAUCAAUGAGUAACAAAAACAUCACUUGUCGCAGUCGGGUAAAAACUAAUAUCAGUUUGGAUCCAAGGUCCACUUUAGUAAAUGCUGAAUAAAUCUUAGCACAGCAAACACUAGUCUCUUAUGACGUGUUUCACUAUGUUUUUCGUGAAGAACUGUGAUACUGUUACUAAUAUUGUAGCAACACAUCAUUUUUCUAACGAACUGCUCUCAUCUCGAGACAUUUAAAUUAUCAACAUCUUGGCUUACGAAAGUGUAAACUGAUAUGCGGUAAUAAAGCGUCAAUGUUCGUAAUGUGACAUUCUAGGGGCGAGUUGCACUAUACAACUAUAACGAUAACCGAACCAUUCUCAGUUGUCAAAUCGAUGAUUUGGCCAAUGGGCGGCGAGUACACGACUGGUUAUGGUUUGGUUAUCGUUAUAGUUAAAUGGUGCACCUAGGGUAAAAAAUUUCGUCUUCCGACCACUUUGCAAAAUUUUACUUGGCGGUUGUUUUCAUUCAUACAAAUAGUUUUUGUUUUUAUUUCAAUGAUUAAAAUGUCGUAUUUUUUGUUGUUGAUUAAAAGACAUUGCAAAACAAACCGGCGAGAAGUCGCAAUAUCUAUUUGAAAUAAGUGUGUUAUAUUAAAACUGAAGCUGCUUUAUCAUUUAUUUCGUAAGAGUAGGUUAUGUUACUGUGAUUGUGUAAAGGUUACAAUUUCAGUAUAUGAACGGUUUAUACGAUCUCAUUUCAUAGUUUGCAAAAGUUUUAAGGUACGUUUUGAGUUCUUGCUACGGACUGCAACUACCAACCGCACGUACCGCGAUUGCAUAAAGUAGUGCGGCUGUGGCCGACUUCAUGCAGUCGGCAGCAAGGAUUCAAAACGCACCUUUACGUAUUUCGUUUCACAAAGAAUAAUUUAAGUAAUUUUGACUCUCAUACGCUUAGCUUAGUUACUCAAAUACUCAAUAAGGUCCCGUUAAAAUAAAUGCUAUAUUUUAUUGAGCGUUUUGACGAUAAUUUACCACGCUUUAAAUUUUAGCUAAUAUUUUAACGGGAACACAAAGUUACCUUUUCAUAUACUGAAAUUGUACCUAUUAAAUAGAAUUAUUUUAUCUGUUAUUAUAUUACGUUAAGACCGUUUAUCUGAACAGUUUAUUUUGUUUGAAAGUCUAUUAGUAUUUAUUGAAAUACGGUCAGCAUAUAAGACUAAGUCUUAUUAUCCAAUAUUUUUAUGUUGCACAAUGUAUAGUCAGCAACAAUGGUUGCUGAUGUUUUUUAAACCACAAGCCUAUUAAAAGAAUUUUAUAUUUA